CUUGGAAACUCAGGUCUCCCAUUUUCUUCGUUUUCGUAUUUCUUCGCGGAAUUGGUAAACCCCCUCAUUCCAUCCUCUAAAUCCAAUUAUCUGAAAUCCGAUUUCUCCGAUCCGAUUCUCCAAAAACCCUAGAAAUCGCGAUCGAUUUCAAUCUUAAGGGUCGAGGAUCUCAGCGGGGAGGAAAUCAUGUUUACGAGGAUCUUCGGCAAACCUAAGCAGGAAACCAAUGCCCUAACGACUCUUGAUAAGCUCAAUGAGACGCUUGAGAUGCUAGAGAAAAAGGAGAAAGUCCUGCUAAAGAAGGCUGCUUCAGAGGUCGAAAAGGCCAAGGAAUUUACUAGGGCAAAGAACAAAAGGGCUGCAAUACAAUGUUUGAAGAGGAAGAGGCUUUAUGAACAGCAAGUUGAGCAACUUGGGAAUUUCCAACUGCGGAUUCAUGAUCAGAUGAUAAUGCUAGAAGGUGCAAAAGCCACAACAGAGACCGUUGAUGCACUGAGAACUGGAGCAGCUGCAAUGAAAGCUAUGCAGAAAGCAACAAACAUUGAUGACGUGGACAAGACAAUGGAUGAGAUCAAUGAACAGACUGAGAACAUGAAACAGAUUCAGGAUGCGCUGUCUGCUCCUAUUGGCGCAGCAGCUGAUUUUGAUGAAGAUGAACUGGAAGCAGAGCUUGAAGAAUUGGAGGGAGCUGAGUUGGAGGAACAACUUCUUCAGCCGGCCACAACUGCCCCCGCGGCUCCUGUGCAUGUUCCAGCAGGGAGACAACCGACUCGCCCUGCCCCUCAGAAGAAUACUGCUGAGGAAGAUGAGCUUGCAGCAUUACAGGCGGAGAUGGCUCUUUAAUCAGUUUGUGCAGGUUGUUUGUUGGAUUGAGGAAGAAACUGUGUAAAGACUGGUUUGUAUUGUAUGAUGGAGGAGAUGGUUCCUUGGAAAGCUUUCUCCACGGUACACAUUACUUUUCCUGGCGUGUAAACUCUAGUAAGAUGUUACAAUGUCAGAACAGAAACGACCUUUACCCUCCUAAAUUUCAUAUAUUUAUUUCCAGGUUUACAUAAAGAGUUUUCGUCAUUGUAUUCAGACAUUUGUGUGGGCACUUGAGAGAUCCUCAAAUACCACAUGCCAAAGUCAGUCAGGCUGUGUAUAACGCUUUUGGCAUGUAAUCUCACCUCUCACAAUUUCAUUUUCCUUUUAAUAAUUAUUGCUGUAUUUAGUUCA